AUGUCGAUGGAGGAAGCGAAGGUGGUGAUCCCCGAGUCGGUGCUGAAGAAUCGGAAGAGAAAAGCGCAUAGGGCGCUGGCGAAGAAGCAGGAGCGCGAGAACCGGGAGCUAAUCUUCACCCGCGCCAGCAGUACGCCAAGUAGCACGAGGCACAGUAUCAAUGCUAUGCACCCUAAAACCCGUAAAAUCUUGCAGCUCCUUCGACUCAGACAGACAAUCAACAGUGUAUUUCUGAAAGUUAACAAGGCCACGAUGAACAUGUUGCAGACGGUGGAGCCUUAUGUGACAUGUGGGUACUAA